AGCAAAACUCCGUAACGGUGCCGUUACAAGUCUCCGUCACUCGCAAACGGGACUAUAACGAUAAACUCCGUCCGCUCGCUAAGGAAUCGAAUCUCAUCCGUUGAAACAAUCAACGGCUCACACUUCAUUCAUCUCUCUCUCCUUCUCCCCCCACCAAAAUCUCCCCUGCUUUUUUAAUAAGAGAAGACGUACCAGAAAUAGAAAGAAGCAGAGAGCAUAAAAAAACAAGAGAGAGAAAGAGAGCGAUGAGCGAGAGAGAUCCUAACUGCAAGCGUGAUGCGCGAUCGCUUGAAGCUUCGAGCCAAAGCCACUCGCUACUCAAGAAGAAGAAGCUCGAUGAUGACUUCGUCUUCCUCGCGGUUCCUUCUCCUUCCGUGGCUUCAUCGGAUGAUUCCUCUCGAGGCGGAUGCUCCGUCACCUCCGCCGGAGAAGACGAUGACAAGAGCUCGAUCAUCUGUUUCAGCAGUGAAUCGAACGAAAUCGCGAGGAAGAGUCCGACUGUUUCUGUAGAUCUGGAGACUCAUCAAAUCUCCGAUGAUCUCUCUGUUUCUGGGCGCGUCUCUCACAGAAACGAGGCGAAUCUAGCGAGUGAAGAAGCUUUGGGAGAGACACCGGAAAUGAGCAAGAGUCCGACGCCGGGAGAGAUUGAAGAGUUCUUAUCGGAGCUAGAGAGUAAAGAUCAGAAACGUUUCAUGGAUAAGUACAACUUCGAUAUCGUUAAUGACAAACCGCUCCAAGGUCGCUACAAGUGGGAUCGACUUAAGCCAUUAAAAGAAUGAAAAUAGCAUGCGGAAGAAGAUAGUAGUUUUUUUCUUUUCUAGUUACAUUCCACUUGUACAGCACUCUCUCUCUCUCUUUUCUUCUAAUUAAUCAGUUUAGCCUUUGUUAGUUGUAUAAAUGAAAAACACAAGAAGGUUUAUAUCGAGGUUUCUGAUCUUGAUUAAGUAAUUACUUUGGGUUUUGGUU